CGGUUAGAUAACACGCGUAGUUUUGAAAUAUAAACACAUUUUCGAGAUAAAUAAUGGAUUUGCUAAUUGAUUAUUUAAAAAGUUUUAAAUUAAAUAGGUGUUGUUGUCUAUUUUCGGUUCGGACCGGCUUGCUGUUGAUCGGCUAUUUUAAUAUUAUUUAUGAUAGUAUGGCAAUAGCAGCUAUUUCCGAAUUCUUGUAUUCACCCAUCGUUCAGGAAGUCUUAGAUGCGAUUACUAAGGAGCAAAUGCCAUUUCAAAACUCUAUUCCAAUAUUCUGCUAUAUCACAGAGUUUGGAUUCAAUGUGGUUUUGCUAUGCGCCGUAUACAGGCGUGAUUUACAUUUGCUGAAAAUUUAUUUGUACGGCUGUUUCACAAUUCUGGUGACGUCAAUUCUAUUCUACUCUGUAGUAAUCGCCGGCUUCGAUAUGCUGAUGGAAUUCGUUAUUGUCUUCAGUAUAAUUUUAGAUGUAUACGUAAUACUGUUGGUGCGAAGUGAGAUUCUCGAAAUAAAAGAAUCUCAGAAGAACGGAGGGAUACCUACUCUAGUGAUGAGCUCGGGUAUGCUAGACGCCCAAGAUCCACAUGACAUUAAGGCUCAGGUCGACUGUAAGGACAAGCCUUCAUCAGAAGGAAGACGAGAACAGAAAACUGAUAAUAAAAAAUAAAAAUCGGUAGCUUACGAAAUUUUUAAGUUAA